AAGUUCAGCAUUAUGGCCAGCGCAUCCUCUCUGCCUUGGGAGCUUGGCCAGACCUCCUUCCCCUAAAAAAAAUCUCUGCCUGCAUCCUGCCUUUUCAAAGGAGUCUAGUGGAGGGGAGAAGAGUCCAGGGGGGCUUCUGCUAGCAAAAGAAGGAGGAGUCAGGGAGGAGACCGAAGAAGAGAGACAGGAGGAUUCCCCCAAGCCCCCUCCCUCCUUCCUUCCCCUGGCUGGUUGCAAGAGCUGGUGGUGGCAGUAUUUCCUCCUCCUCCUUCUCCUGCUGGAAAAUGCUGAAUCCUGGGGAAGCAGAGAGCUGAGCUGGAUUCGGUGCUGCUGCUGCUGCGCAAGUAUCCUUCUGCGUGCCAGUCGGGCUGGGUGUGUAGAUGUGAAUAUCUGGGCAUAGAUCGAGCUGUCUGAGCCGGGAGCUGCUUGGAAAUCUUGCUCAUUGGCCCUGCUCAGUGGGGAAGGAAGUGUUGAACUGCAGUGGUAGCAAGAACAUCAGCAGAGCCACCAACACCACCUUUCUCCCCCCCUCUUUUUUUUUUCUUCCCCCUGCAUUCCCCUGCCCUUCUCUGGUUACUUCCCAGGAGAAGGUUUUUGGGAGGAAGAAUAUAUAUAUAUAAAUAUUUUUCCCACCCCUCUCUUGGGUGAAUUUCUUUCCCACCUUACUUUGUCGGUUUUAUGGGAGAGGGAAGGCAAAGAGUCUGAGACUUUCCUUCCCUCUACAAGCCCUGAAGAACUAAAGGCAGAAAGAAGAGAAGUAGGAGGAAAAGGAGACUUCUUUUUUUAAAAAAAAAACCUGAUCCAGUCCAUCGCAGAGACGGCCCGAGAGAAGACCUACAGGCUAUCCCACACCGGGCUUUGGGAAUAAAGCAAGCCGGAGGGGGAAGGAUGGUUGGGAUACCUCGAGCUGGCUGCGGGGCAUUGGUAUUCCUCUGGAUUUUCAGCAGCAUCAACUGCAGAGCUCGGACUGCCUUUUCUGCAUCCCAAAAGUGUGAUGAACAGCUUGUCUCUGCAUUGCCUCAUGUUGCCUUCAGCAGCUCAUCAUUUAUUACUAGUAGCUAUUCUCCAGGCUACGCCAAGCUGAACAAGCGAGAUGGUGCUGGAGGGUGGUCUCCUUAUGACAGUGACCACUAUCAGUGGCUGCAGGUGGAUUUUGGCAACAGGAAGCAGAUCAGUGCCAUCGCAACCCAAGGCCGAUACAGCAGUUCUGACUGGGUUACCCAGUACAGGUUGCUUUACAGCGACACAGGCAGAAAUUGGAAGCCGUAUCAUCAAGACGGGAACAUCUGGGCAUUUCCCGGAAAUAUAAACUCAGAUGGUGUGGUCCGCCAUGAUUUGCAGCAUCCAAUCACAGCCCGAUAUGUCCGCAUAGUCCCCUUAGACUGGAAUGGGGAAGGCCAAAUUGGAUUGCGAAUCGAAGUCUAUGGCUGUCCCUAUUGGGCCGAUGUUAUCAAUUUUGAUGGCCAUGUUGUGUUACCGUACAGAUUCAAGAAUAAGAAGAUGAAAACACUGAAAGAUGUCAUCGCUUUGAAAUUUAAAACCUCUGAAAGUGAAGGGGUAAUAUUCCAUGGAGAAGGGCAACAGGGAGAUUAUAUCACCUUGGAAUUACAAAAAGCCAAGCUGGUCCUCAGUUUAAAUCUAGGAAGCAACCAGUUUGGUUCGAUUUAUGGCCAUACAUCAGUGAUGACAGGAAGUCUUCUGGAUGAUCACCACUGGCACUCCAUUAUGAUUGAACGUCACGGACGUAACAUCAACCUCACACUGGACAGACACCUGCAGCACUUUCGGACCAAUGGUGAAUUUGACUAUCUGGACUUAGACUAUGAGAUUACCUUUGGAGGUAUGCCUUUUUCUGGGAAGCCAAGUUCAAGCAGCAGAAAGAAUUUCAAAGGAUGUAUGGAAAGCGUCAAUUACAAUGGAAAUAAUAUUACCGAUCUUGCCAAAAGGAAGAAACUAGAGCCUUCUAAUGUGGGCAAUUUAAGUUUUUCUUGUGUGGAGCCCCACACCGUGCCUGUCUUUUUCAAUGCUACAAGUUACCUGGAGGUUCCAGGCCGACCAGACCAGGAUCUGUUUGCAGUCAGUUUCCAGUUUCGGACAUGGAAUCCCAAUGGCCUUCUUCUCUUCAGCACCUUUGCAAACGGAUUAGGAAAUGUAGAGAUUGACCUUACUGAGGGCAAAGUCAGCGUUCACAUCAACAUUACCCAGAACAAGAAGAACAGGAUCGAUAUUUCCUCAGGAUCAGGUCUGAAUGAUGGGCAGUGGCAUGAAGUUCGCUUCCUAGCCAAGGAAAACUUUGCCCUUCUGACCAUUGAUGGAGAUGAAGCUUCAGCAGUUCGAACCAACAGUCCUCUGCAAGUUAAGACUGGGGAGAAGUAUUCCUUUGGAGGCUUCCUGACCCCAGUGAAUGACUCAAAUCAGUCUCUCCUUCAGUCUUCAUUCCAAGGAUGCAUGCAGCUCAUUCAAGUGGAUGAUCAGCUGGUAAAUCUGCACAAGGUGGAGCAAGGAAAGCUGGGACGUUUUGCCAAUGUUAGCAUUGACAUGUGUGCCAUUAUCGACAGAUGUGUGCCCAAUCACUGUGAGCAUGGUGGUAAAUGCUCUCAGAGCUGGGAUGGCUUCAAAUGCACUUGCGAUGGAACAGGAUACACUGGUGCCACCUGUCAUAACUCCAUUUAUGAACUCUCCUGUGAAGCAUACAAACACCUGGGCAAAACCUCCAAUUACUACUGGAUAGAUCCUGAUGGCAGUGGCUCACUGGGGCCUUUGAAAGUUUACUGCAAUAUGACAGAGGACAAAGUAUGGUCGAUCGUGUAUCAUGACUUGCAAGGUCAGACUCUUGUGGCAGGCAACAGCCCAGAAAAAGUCUCCGUUCUCCAGCUCAAUUACAGUGCCUCCCUUGAUCAGAUCGCUGCCAUCACCAGCAGCGCCGAGUAUUGUGAGCAGUACGUCUCCUACCUUUGCAAGAUGUCAAGAUUGUUGAACACCCCAGAUGGAAAUCCUUACACCUGGUGGGUUGGAAAGUCAAAUGAGAAGCAUUACUACUGGGGUGGAUCUGGACCUGGAAUUCAGAAAUGUGCUUGUGGCAUUGAACGGAACUGCACUGAUCCCAAGUACUACUGCAACUGCGACGCUGAUUAUAAACAGUGGAGAAAGGACACUGGAUUCCUGACCUACAAAGAUCACCUGCCUGUGAGCCAAGUGGUCAUUGGGGACACCGAACGGUCAGGAUCGGAAGCCAAGCUGACUGUGGGCCCGGUGCGCUGCCAAGGAGAUCAGAAUUACUGGAAUGCUGCCUCAUUCUAUACCCCAUCAUCCUACCUAUACUUCUCCACUUUCCAAGGGGAAACAAGUGCUGACAUCUCCUUCUAUUUCAAAACAUCUGCCUCAGAUGGAGUGUUUCUUGAGAAUCUGGGGAAUACAGAUUUCAUCAAACUUGAGCUGAAAUCUGCCAUGGAAGUUUCCUUCUCUUUUGACGUCGGCAAUGGACCAGUAGAGAUCGUGGUUCGGUCCAACACCCCGCUCAACGAUGACCAGUGGCACCGGGUUACUGCAGAGAGAAAUGUCAAGCAGGCCAGCCUCCAGGUAGACCAGCUGCCCCAACAGGUUCGUCAGGCACCCACAGAAGGACAUACCCGGCUGGAGCUCUAUAGCCAGCUAUAUGUUGGUGCUGCAGGAGGCCAGCGGGGAUUUCUGGGCUGCAUUCGUUCUCUGAGGAUGAAUGGAGUGACUCUGGACUUGGAGGAGAGAGCCAAGGUCACUCUAGGUGUGAAACCUGGCUGUUCAGGGCACUGCACCAGCUAUGGAAUGUACUGUGAGAACGGAGGCCAGUGCGUGGAGAAGUACAAUGGUUACUCGUGCGAUUGCUCCAAGACUGCGUACGAUGGACCGUUUUGCAUUAAAGAUGUCGGCGCGUUUUUUGAAGAGGGGAUGUGGCUCCGGUAUAACUUCCAGUCUCCAGUGGCCGGCAGCAAGGAUUCUCCCAGCAGAACUGGGAAUUCAGCAGAACCCCAGAACGCUGCACCUGACCUGGUCAAAGAAACUCUAAGUUUCAGCUUCAGCACAACCAAGUCUCCCUGCAUACUCUUCUACGUCAGUUCGUAUACCGCAGACUUCCUGGCAGUUCUGGUUAGGCCGGCUGGAACCUUACAGAUUCGGUACAACUUGGGAAGCACCAGAGAGCCCUAUAAUAUUGAUAUAGACCAUAGAAACGUGGCCAAUGGACAGCCCCAUAGUGUUAACAUUACCCGGAAUGGAAAGGACAUCAUUCUCCAGCUUGACCAUUACCCUCCAUCAAGUUACAGCCUGCCAGUCGCAUCUGAUAUAGUGUUCAAUUCCCCGAAGUCACUCUUUCUAGGAAAAGUUAUAGAGACGGGGAAAAUCGACCAAGAGAUUCAUAAAUACAACACGCCGGGAUUCACCGGCUGCCUUUCCAGAGUGCAGUUCAACCAGAUCGCCCCACUCAAGGCAGCCUUGAGGCCCACAAACGCCUCAUCACAAGUCCACAUUCAAGGGGAGCUGGUGGAGUCCAACUGCGGAGCCUCUCCACUGACCAUACCACCCAUGUCUGCCGCCACCGACCCCUGGCAUUUAGACUCAGCCAGUGCUGAUUUUCCAUACAACGCAGGACAGGCUAUAAGAGAUGGAGUCAACAGAAACUCUGCAAUUAUUGGAGGUGUGAUCGCUGUGGUGAUCUUCACCAUCCUUUGCACACUCGUGUUCCUCAUCCGGUACAUGUUCCGCCACAAGGGAACCUACCACACCAACGAAGCGAAGGGGGCCGAGUCCGCGGAGAGCGCCGAUGCCGCCAUCAUGAACAAUGACCCCAACUUCACGGAGACCAUUGACGAAAGCAAAAAGGAGUGGCUUAUCUGAGGGCGAGCCGGGGUUCGGCCCGGAAGGUGG